AUGGCUGAACAGCCUGCUGCGGACGACUUCUCCGUCCUUCCCAUCACUCUUCCCUCGCUCCCUUCCUACCCCGUCCAAUCCACCCACUUCGUCUACCUGCGCAAGAAUGCCAAGGUUGUCACCAAGAGUGAUGCCCGCAGUUUGUUCCUCGUCAAUGUUCCCGCCGACAGCACCGAGCUUCACUUCCGGGCUGUCUUUGCCAGCCUGGUAGGAGCUGGCCGCUUCGAGGGCAUCACUUUUGACCACAAUGCCAAAGCUCCCACCACCUCCCACGAGCCUGCGUAUGCCCUGCGUCUAGCAGCCCUCGGCAAGCGGAAGAGACAGGACCAAGAGGCCCAGCACAAGCAAGAUGAGGAGGCUGCCCAGCUGCCCAAGCUCUGGACACGUCAAACGCACCGCAGUGGUAGUACCGCCGUCGUUCUCCUGGCUGACGAGAAGAGCGUCGAGCUAGUGCUGAAGGCCGUUAGAAAGCUCAGCAAGACCAAGAAAUACCCGAUCUGGGGCGACGGCGUUGGGGACAAGGCUCCCCCCUUGGGCUCCCAGUGGCUCAAGGCACACAACAAGCUGUCGUAUCCUGGCAACGAUGCCAUGCAGGACAUGGUUGACGCCUACUUCACCGUCUUCAACAGGAAGGAGCUCGAGGCUGCUCAGCUGGCCAGGGCCAUGCAGAACGAGCCCGACGAGGAUGGUUUCGUCACUGUCACCCGGGGCGGCCGCACGGCACCUGCCAGGCAGGAAGAGGCAGAAGAGGCCAAGAGAAAGAUGCUGGAGAGACAGCAGAAGAAGAAGGACGAGACCCAGAACUUUUACCGCUGGCAGCUGCGGGAGAAGAAGAAGGCCGAGCAGGUCGAGUUCUUGAAGAGAUUCGAGGACGACAAGUCAAAGCUCAAGGCCAUGAGGGAGAAGAGGCGCAAGAUUCAGCCAGACUCCUGA